AAAGGACCUCUGCCAGUGCGGCCGACUGAGCGCUCCUGAGGUGCGCCUGCGCACUGACCCCAGCGGGCCCUAGCAACCAGAGCAGUGACGGUAGCAACCGCCGGAAUGGCAAAAGCAACAACAAUUAAAGAAGCCCUGUCCAGAUGGGAAGAAAAGACCGGUCAGAGGCCGUCUGAGGCCAGAGAGAUAAAACUGUAUGCCCAGAUCCCCCCGAUAGAGAAGAUGGAUGCAUCUCUGUCCACACUUGCCAACUGCGAGAAGCUUUCCCUGUCUACAAACUGCAUUGAAAAAAUUGCCAACCUGAACGGCUUAAAAAACUUGAGGAUUUUGUCCUUAGGAAGAAACAACAUAAAGAACCUCAAUGGACUGGAAGCAGUAGGAGACACGUUAGAAGAACUGUGGAUCUCCUACAAUUUCAUUGAGAAGCUGAAAGGUAUCCAUGUGAUGAAGAAACUGAAGAUUCUCUACAUGUCUAAUAACCUGGUAAAAGACUGGGCUGAAUUCGUGAAACUGGCAGAACUGCCAUGCCUGGAAGAUCUGGUGUUCGUAGGCAAUCCGCUGGAGGAGAAGCAUUCUGCCGAGGGCAACUGGAUCGAAGAAGCAACCAAGAGGGUGCCGAAGCUGAAAAAGCUGGAUGGUACUCCAGUAAUUAAGCAGGAUGAGGAAGAUGAAAACUAAGGCCGUACUUUACACUUUGUGUUAAUUUAUUUAAACGUUAUGAGAACAAUAGAUAUGUUUUGUAUAAUUGUCUAUUUUAAAGAUUAUGUGAGAGCAGAGUUCUGAAGAUAAAACACAUCUCUCACUCCCAUCCUAAAAUCCUGUUCAGUGUUUCCCCUCAGACCAGCAGCGCCCGCUCCGGUGCAGCCCACCUUCGGAAACUGCAAAUCCCCGGCUCUGUCCAGUUAUGGACUACACCACCUGUCCCCUAAAAUGUACAUGCCGUCGUUUCAACAGCAAAGGGACCUCUUAUCUGUUCUCAGUUGCUUAGUAUCAGGGUGGGGGAAGCAUUUUAAAGGUAUACUUUCAAGUCUGUAAAGGUUCAUGUCCUUAUAACUCCAAAGCACAAAAGCAUCUAUCUCCCCACGGGCUCGGAAGGCAGCACGCUGAUGGGAAGUGUUCCUUUUAGAACACAGCUGGACCUAGAACCAAGGGUCCAGUGUCUAAUGGGAAACACUGGUGAGAAAAGGAAGACUGACUGGCUUGGAGUCUCCUUAGCGCCUGUUAUAUUUACUUAUUCUUUUUCGAAAACUGUGUGCACUGUCAACUGGAAUUUAGGUUGUAGUCCAUGGUUGCCCACUGGUGUCAUGGACAACCAGACACCCCUGACCCGCGUCAGUGACUAAUGCAGCUGGCAUGAUCACCCCUUUGAUAGUCAUGUGACCACAUCAGCUCUUGUGGACCUUGCCUUAUGCAGAUUUUAAGACAUAAUUUCUCAUCUGUUUAAAGCAGUAGUCAAUAGUUCUAACUACCUACCAUUGAGAUUGAUAAAAACUUUUCCCUAAUAAGUUAUCCCAGUGCCCUUUGCUUUAUGGCUAUAAGGGUACAAACUUAAAAGACUGAAUUUGGUAACUCUGAAUAAAUGAAAUAGUUUUUCAAAAUAUAUUUUUAAGACGAUCUAAGUUAAGCAGCUUGAAGUGUAUCAUGUAAGUGGUGUAGAGGGGAGAGAGAUGUUGUAGGGUGGAUCCCAGGCGAAUGGCAAUGUCUGGAAAUGUCUCCUGUGGAUCACUGGAGGUGUCCUAGCCUCCAGUCCGCAAAGCAAUAGUUAGCUGUGGAGAUUAUCAUUUCUCAUGUAAGAAAAAUAUCCUGAAAAAUGUAAAACGUCAUCAACACCAGACGAAGUCUUCAGUGGGCAGUGAUAGAAGCAUUGACUGCAGAAAAGAAGUCAGGACCCCUACCAAAUUGUGCCUAAAGUCUCAAAAGAGGCUCCCAAUUCCUGUUCCCGUCUCCACAUGAUUCUCCUUAUUUUAAUGAUCACAUUAGUCUUGAUUUGAGAAAUUUAAUAGCUAUCAUUUCAAUAAGAAUGACUUCAGCCCUCCAAGAGUCAAACUGAUGAAAAGGGACCACUGCUUUGACAAUCACCAAGAACGCCUCGUCUUGGGCUGGAGACAGCUGAGGCUGAGACCACUUGCUCAGGACCUGAGUUUGCUCCCCAGCAUCCUAUGGAGGUCACAGCUGCCUGCAUCUCCAGGGGAUCUGACACUGGUUUUGGCCUCCUGGGGUACCAGACACACAAGUUACACAGACAUACAUGGAGCCAUACUCAUGAAACAAUACAUUUUCAAUACAUUUCAAUACAUUUUUUUUCUCAAAUUCUGUAAUUGGGAACACCUCCCCCCAUUUCUUAAUGUCUUUUAAUCAGGGGUGGUUCUCAGAGAUAUGCAAGGUGCUUUUCUGUGUCCAUUUCACACAAACAUCAUUUUCGGCUCUUAUCCACAAAUAUUGGAAUGAUUUUGAUGCAUCUCUGUUUCUGGAAUUAAAGCCAAAUGCACUUAAUUAGGAAGUGGAAUGGAAGGCUGGAUAUAUGAAAACAUUAAGGAUAUCCUGUCAGAUUAUUCCUUAAGCCAUCUUUUCUGCUAAAACUGUAGUUGAUAUAGGAUGCUCUUGGCUUAUGCCAUUCAGAUUGGAGACUGGAGUAGAUGCUGUCUGCAUUCACGUGAACUUCUGCUGGUCUUAGAGUGGGCAAGUGCUAAAAUCAGCCCCCUAUUUUAAUUUUUCACAGUCGGUAUGAUGUUGGUAGAUCAGAAUUCUGCUUUCUGGGUUUCUUAAUUCUGAGCUAUGGCCAGGCCUUGGGACACUCUUGUGCUCUCUGCUCACUGCACCGGAGGUGCUCAGUAUCCCUGCUGUUUGCAUUUUGGACUGUAUAACUCACUGUUGUGGGCUAUUCAGCCACAGCCCUGUCUCCUAUACCCUAGAUGCCAGUAGCUCCUCCUCUCCAGUUAUGACAACAAAAGAUGGCUCCAAACAUUGCCCGCUAUUCCCUGGAGCAGGGGAGAGCACCAAAUUCUCCCCUAGGUAAGAACCAGUGUUUGUUGUCCCAGCAUGCCUCUGUCUGUUGGCCACUUUAGCUCUGUAGUGGGCCCACCAGAGUUAUAGUGAGAAGGUGGCAUCUUUUACCACGUUGGCUGGAGAUGGUCGGUAGUGGUGCCCCUUGUGCAGUGCCCAGUUUCAUGUUCCACACAGUCCUAGAAACUCAGCUGGGACGCUCCAGCCUCUGUGUGAAGGAUUUCAGCUUCAGUUAUGUGAUGAGCGGAGUGCUCAUCUUAGGACGGUGAUUGUUGACUAAGCCUGUCUCUCUUACCGAAAACAAAAUCCAACUUGUCUCUAAAGCUUAAUAUUUGGAAUAUACUUUAGAAAAUGUAUCAUCAUGCACCUUUUUUUUGUAGACUGUGUCUUUUAAUCUAGAAAGCAUGUGUUUAGUUGCUCAUGCAGGGAAAUUAGCUGGUGCAGACUUCUGGUGUGACUGUGGGCACAAGGAUGCCGUCCCUAACUGGUCAGUAACUCGGCAUGCUUCCCGGAGCUGCCCUGCAUGCAGCCCUAGCUCGGCAGUGGAAAUAGGUGUUGUAGGUGUUUCUUCUGAUACCUUUGCCAGUGGUCUGAAAGCAAAAUAAGGAACAGUGAGACCUAAAUCUGUCAUUGGUUGAGAAUUGGGGACAUGGAAAACAGGAUUGGAAUCUUUUACCCAAGUUUUCCUUAAGGUUAGCAUGAAAAAGCCCAGAAAGUUUGGAUUUCCUCAUUCACUUUGAAAAGUGGGUGGGGGGAGUGUCGUGAGGAGCCAUGGUCUCUUGCUGAACUUGUAGUGUAGUUCACAGAGGCUGUGAACGGUGAAGCCGUGGUAAAGGAAGAAAACCAGAUUGCAAGCCUUCCCCACAGUGAGCCUCGGACACACUCUCUGUGUGAGCCGGUGGUCUGAGAGUAAGGAGCUGGGUCGGAGCUGUUUGCAACAGCUGACUUGUCCAUGUUCCUUUAUCUAUACCUAGUGUGACUUACUCACCCAUCCCAUGAAAGUAGAAAAGGAGAAAUUUUAAAACCUAAGGUUAUAUUGAGAAACGCUAAACUUUUAGAAUUCCAUGUUUAUGUAUCUAUCCCUGCCUUUAUUCAUGAGUGGUGAGAAAGGAAACCGAAAGGAAAAACUAGACUUGUAGCCUGAUAGAAGUUGGUUCCCUUGACAUGUGGAGAAACUGUAAUCAUGAUCUCAUUAAUUUCCCAUAUUGGGCAGAUUAGAGAGACAACCAAAUUAUGAUCUAACAAAUUUAGCAAGGAGGUAGAGAAAAUAAACUAUUUUUCUAGUAGAUUUGCACUUUAAAAUUGUGAGUGUGGCUGAUGGUGAAACUGCUUCCAGAGGGGAGGGGUGCAAGCCAGCUGCACACAGAUGGGCCAGACUCAGAGACUCCAGCCCUUGCAACUCCGCUGAUAUUGCUGUCUGUCUUCAGGUCCAAGGUCAUCCCUCUGGGAGGUGCUAAAUAGCAUUCCUAUUCAGAAGAGAAACUGUGGGUAUUUCCUUUCCAUAUCUAAGUUUCUUUUUUCUUUUGGUUUUUCGAGGCAGAGUUUCCCUGGCUGUCCUGGAACUCACUCUGAGGACCAGGCUGCCCUUGAACUCAUAUCUGCCUGCCUCUGCCAGUGCUGGAGUUAAAGGCUUGUGCCACCAUGCCCAGCCCCUAUCUAGAUUUUAAAAAUUCAUGUUGGUGUUGACUACAUUACAUGGGUAGGAGUUUAGCUUCUGGGUCACUGGGAGACCCUGUGGGAGGGGAACACUGCAAUGCUGCCGCCCAGUGGGACCACUCCUGUCAAAGGCCCGUGAGCGGAGAGCAGAAGACCACACACAGUCCAGCUGCUUCUCCCAGGUUGCCCGUAAUGGCCAGGAGCAUCAUUCUAGAACCAUGUUCAUCCUGAAGAAGAUUUGAAUAUCUGUACUGCUUUGGUAAUAGUCUUUUCUACACAGGAUUUUUGUAGCAUGACUUUAUGACUAAACUUUGUGUGUUAAAUUAUUUAGUAAUAUUGAGUUUCUGAAUGUUAUUUUGUGAAACUUGUUUUAAAAUAGUAAUAAAUCAUGUUAUUUUAUAA